AUGCUUCCCGUGCUAGGAACACAUUUGAAGAAUUUAGAAGGGAAUGUCGGCGUCACUUUCAAAGCAUUUGCCUCACCACCAUCAAUUGGGCGCCAACCAGUCAACACACUCCAUCUAAUGGAUACGAACAUGUACCUCGCAGACUACUACCACCCUAAACUUACCGAGGAUCUCUGGUGGGCAGAAGUUGAAGCCAUAUUCGCUCCUGAAGAGACGUGUGAUUUUGAAUUUGGCUUGACAGUCUUCGGCACCGGAAAGCUGUAUAUCGACAACGAGCUUCUCAUAGACAACGAGACAACUCAACGGAGCGGAGGCAGUUUUUUCAAUGUCGGCACAGUCGAAGAGACACGUAUCAAGCAUGUAGAAGCCGGUACCACCUACCAUCUCAAAGUCAUAUACGCAUCGGGCGUGACAUCCAAAAUCGCUGACGCAGAUGGUGUGGUUUCCUUCGGCGGCGGCGGGAUCCGCAUCGGUGGCGCCAGAGUCAUCGACCCCCAAGACGAAAUCAAUAAGGCUGUUGAGCUAGCCAAGUCAGUUGAUCAAGUCGUUCUGUUUAUGGGUUUGAAUUCAGAUUUUGAGCAGGAAGGCCAUGAUCGCACACAUAUGGAUCUCCCUGGUCUGUCCGAUAGUCUUCUAUCUGCCGUUGCUGCUGCAAACUCUCGCACGGUGGUUGUGUUGCAGUCUGGUACUCCCGUCAGUAUGCAAUGGGCAUCAUCAGUGUCUGCGAUCGUGCAAGCUUGGUAUGGGGGAAACGAGACUGGAAAUGCCAUUGCGGAUGUGCUGUUCGGUGAUGUCAACCCGUCUGGGAAAUUACCGUUGUCGUUUCCCGUGAACGUGGAAGACAACCCCACGUUCUUGAAGUACAGAUCUGAUAGAGGAAGGGUGUUGUAUGGAGAAGAUGUCUUCAUAGGAUAUCGAUACUACGAGGCUGUGAAGAGAAAGGUGCAGUUUCCUUUCGGGUGGGGUUUGUCAUACACUUCUUUCCAACUGUCGGAUCUGCAUGUCAAUCUCGAACAAAAUUCCUUGAAAACAAGAUUCACAGUGAGGAAUACGGGGCUUUUUGAUGGGGCGGAAGUUGUUCAGGUGUAUGUUUCGCAAAGGGACCCAUCUGUGAGGAGGCCUGCGAAGGAAUUGAAAGGCUUCAAGAAAAUAGCUGUUGCCAAAGGACAGCUGGUGACUGCAGAGAUGCAAAUUGAAAGAAAGUAUGCGUCGAGCUUUUGGGACGAGGAGAGGGACCAGUGGGUUGAAGAGAAGGGCAUAUAAUAUGUUUUAUUGGGGACUUCGAGCCUGGAUAUUGUGCUGAGAGGAAGUUUUGGGGUUGACGAGACGACGUGGUGGAGUGGGUUAUAAAUACAGCACAAUGGCGACAUGUAAAAUUUAUUGCUUGUAUUGUAUGUUCGAAGUCUCUCCGUGUCUAUGGAGAUUAUUUCCAUGAAUAUGGAGCCGUUGCCGGUGUGGUGAAGACAAAUAUCAUACGAUGGUCUGAAGCACAACAGGUUUCCAAGAUGACUUCUCAUUGGUUACCUCGUGAGAUUGAGUUGCUGGGAUCGAAUAACCUUCAGUAUUUAUAAACAUCCCGAUCGGAAAAGGGGAAUGCCAUCGUCAGAUGGGGGCUUCCAAUAUCCACGAGACCCAGGUCGUCAUGAAUACGGUAUGGCACUUUUGAGAGUGAAGUUAGUAUGAUGUGCACAAUACUAUCACGGAGUUUCGGAUUUAAGGCGAGAUGUUCACUCCGCUCAUUGAACUUCGUACCAUAUUAUCAAUCAAAUCCAUUUUGAAGUUGGUUUUAAGCGAGAAGUGCCAAUACAUGGGCAUGCAGUGGGUACAGUUGUGAAAAUUUGCCGAAGAUCAACCGAUUCUCUGCAUCGCUGGACCUCGGUUAUUUCGUCAAUGAAGCCAAGACAAGACGCUCCUGAGAAGUCUCUGAGGUGGCUGGGAUACUUAUUUCUCCCUCUUUAUUCUGUACAAACUUUACUGAAUGGCUCGCAUGGCUAACUCCACGAAUCGUCAAGUCGGCACUGGUACUGGUGCAUCAUUGAUCCUGUGGCUUACCAAGCUAAUCCGAGGAUCAUUAUUAUUAGUGAUCAAUCGGCUGCAAUACGCCGAUGCGGCCCAACAGAGAAUAGCGGGGUAGCGUAUCUCAAGAUCAAGCUUGAAGCCACAAUGUUUGCUUGACUGCA